AUGGAGAGAUUGAGAUUUACUUCUGUUCUCUGCUUAAUGAUUCUGACAGUGGAAAUUGUUGUUAGUUUUAAAGGUGAUGAGAUGAAAAAUGUUACUGUUCAAAGUCAACGACAUGGUAAUGUUACCUUAGAAACUUUGUCUCAUUAUAAGGAGAAUAAGGAGUUCGAAAUAAGAGGAAAACUCAACAAUCAAGUUGUGUUCAACGCAAGCAAAGGUGGUUUGUAUAAAAGAGGAGGCAGAGGAGGUGGGGGUGGUUGGUGGAAAUGGGGGUGUAGAAAUGAACCAAGAUCACAUGUUAUGAGAGGCAUGAAGCAUCAUCAUCAUCAUCAUGAUGCAUCCAAUGAAGAAUAUAGGUUAGGGGAGUUUGCAGAAUGCAUAACAAGAACAAGGUGCAAAGGUAUGAGGUUAGAUUGUCCUCUUCAUUGUGGUGGACCUUGUUUCUAUGACUGCUACCAUAUGUGCAAGGCUCAUUGUCGCCGCCGACCAUGA